AUGACUUGUAAUCCUUCUUGGCCAGAAAUAAAAGAACAUUUGUCACUAGCUGAUGAAGUCCAGAACAGACCUGAUUUAGUUAGUAGAGUUUUCAGAGCAAAGGUAGAAGAAUUAAAGACAGAUAUUUUAAAAAGACAAAUCUUUGGAAGAGUUGCUGGAUUCAUGUAUACUAUAGAAUUCCAAAAACGUGGUCUUCCACAUGCUCAUUUCCUUAUUAUACUUUCUGAUGAACACAAAUUACUAACUCCUGAAUCUUAUGACAAAUUUGUUUGUGCAGAAUUGCCUGAUUCUAAAAAAGAUCGCGAUCUAUAUUCACUUGUUACUAAACAUAUGAUGCAUGGUCCUUGUGGAAAGUUAAAUCCUACAAAUAUUUGCAUGAAAAAUAAUAACUGCAAAUUCAAGUAUCCAAAAGAUUUUGCUGAACAAACAUCAAAAGGAAAGAAUUCAUAUCCAAUAUACAGAAGGAGAAGAACCGGGGAAGCUGUAGAAGUAAGAGGUAACUUUCUCGAUAAUUCUUGGGUAGUUCCAUAUAAUCCAUUUUUGCUAUGCAAAUAUAAUUGUCAUAUGAAUGUUGAAGUUUGUUCUGAUAUCAAGGUAGUGAAAUAUAUUUACAAAUAUAUUUGCAAAGGACACGAUAAAAUUACAUUUCAUAUACAUGAUAGUGAUACAGAUACAGACAUAGAUGAAAUAAAAGAAUAUCAAUCUGCUAGAUGGGUUUCACCUCCAGAAGCUGCGUGGCGAUUAUUUCGUUUCCCAAUAAGUGAAAUGACUCCAAGUGUUUUUCACCUUCAGUUACAUUUGGAAGGACAACAAUUUGUCUCUUUUAAAAGUAUUGAGAAUGUUGAUAGAAUACUGAGUAACCCUAUGAUUCGAAAAACAAUGUUAACUGAAUUCUUUGUUAUGAACAGAACAAAUAAAGAUGCUAUGCAAUUGUUAUUAUUAUAUAAAGAAUUUCCUGAGUACUUUGUAUGGUCUUUUAAGGAAAAAAUGUGGACACGUCGAAAACAACGUACUGUAAUUGGACGUGUUGUAACUUGUCAUCCAACAGAAGGAGAAAGAUAUUAUCUUAGAUUAUUGUUGAUGAACGUUAGAGGACCAAAAUCAUAUCAGGACUUAUGUAAAGUUGAUGGCAAAUAUUAUAAUACAUUUAGAGAGGCUGCAGAAAAAAGAGGAUUAUUACAUUGUGAUAACAACUUGGUUGAAUGUAUGUCUGAAGCUAAAAAUUAUCAAAUGCCAUAUAGUUUAAGGCGUUUAUUUGCAACAUUAUUGGUGUAUUGUAAUCCCGCUAAUCCAGCAGAACUUUGGAAAUAA